AGAGGAAAAAAUCGGAAUUGGGUCACUUGAACCAUGCAGUGUAAAUGGGGCCUUAGUGUAGACAAUAUUCUAACAUUCUAAAGAAUGUUUUCAGCUAAUGCUUGUGCAUUGUGAAGAUUCCAUUGAUGUUAAAGGCUCUUCAUGGAACCGUCAAGGCCGAUAAAGAAGCUUUAUUUGGAAUCUGGUCAUGAGUGCAGUGAAAUUGUAACGUUUACAGUGACUCCUAAAAUUAUUUACACUUCAGUGACACUUAAAAAAGCAUUUCAUUAGAUACAAAAUUAUAUAAAAAAAAAAUCAAAUACCAUUUAUUGUAAAGAAAGGUAGCAAAAGUACUUUUUUUCUCUCAAAAUAAUAAGUAUUGCAUGACUUUGUGUUUGUUUGUGAUUAGUGUAACAUAUUCACAGUGAACUGCCCUUCUGUACACUCAUAAAUGUGAAAGAAAUUUAUAAUUGAGGAAAAACUAAUAGUAUUUGUUUACACGUGGAACUUGAUCUGCUCUGCUCGGUUUACUAUAGUUAGUCAUUUUAUCACACUACCAUGAAAUUACAGAUAACAGAAACAAAGAUAAACAAAGUAGACACAGGAGCAGAGCACCUGCUGAAAAUGUAAAAGAACAACUCGACUGGACAAUUUUUUUUUUUUACACACACAACACACCCUUGCACCCAAAAGCAUCUGGAAAUGACUGAUGCGUCAAAAUGCAGGAAGAAAAAGGAGCCGUUAACAUAUGUACAUUCAUUAUGAAUUUUACUUACUGCCACUGUUUAUUUAUUCUUUCUAACUGCACUGUGUUUGUUCAGAGAUGCCUUAUAAACAGAAGGACCAUAUGACAUAAAGCAGUGUGUUUAAGAGCCGUACCAGUUAUGAGACUGAGAUAUUAAUACAUGCUAAAUUAAAUAUGUGCCUUGUUUAUAUCAUGUAUAUUGUACAGAUCAUCACAUGAGUGUGUGUUUGUUAUAUACAGGUUUCUGUUUUUCAUUUAUCCAAGUGAUAAUUCUACAGGGACGCUAACCCCCAUAAUCACCUUCAGCUGGUCAGUUGUUUGACUUGACUGCUAAUUAUUCACUUUGUGUACCACACGUUUCAGUAUGCUGCCCUCUGCUGUUCAAGUAUUAAAAAUGCAGUUUAAACCUUUCCUUGGUUUGACUCGAUUAUUUAUUGGGUACCGGUCAGUGAACAGCAUCAUGACUGAUGAAAACAAUACAAAGACGGUUCUUAAGCCACAUUUGCAUGCAAGCACCCAUGUGUUUUUCUACUCUUCAGAUAUUGUUCUUUUUGUUUGUUUGUUUUGUAAAUGUGUGUGUGCUAAUUUGUGUGGCAGAAGCUUUCAGACCUGCACAGGUGCUAACAGACAGGAAGUUGCUCGUGGUCACUCUCUUUGGUUUAACUCCACUGUGAGUCAGUGACAGCAGGACUGUAUUUCAUCACUGUGAGUCACAAGAGUUUAGCAAAGAGGAAAAGGAAGGUGGAGCUGUUUGUUUUAUAUUUAUAUAUAUAUAAAAAUAACUCUUUAAGAGCUCAAGAUACAGACACAGAAUCAGACACGACAGAAGAUCUCACUGCGUCUCUGAUUGCUGAAGAAGUUAUAGAUUCACAGGAGCAAGAGUUUUCUCUUCAGUGAUGAUGAUGAAGACCCUUCUCUUCUUCACGAUCUGCCUGAUUAAAGGUCACAUGGGUGAUGCUGCUAACGCUGUGACUGGCAUCACAGGAGGAAGUGUCAUCAUCCACUGUGUAUAUAAACCUGAAUCAACUAAAGCAAGUGUAAAAAGCUUUUGCAAAGGGUCAGGCAGUGAAUGUACAACCAUGACAGAAGUAAAGAAUGAUUUAUGGAUCCCAGAAGAGAGAUUCUCUCUGACUGAUGAUAAAACUCUGGGUUUUAUUAGUGUGCUCAUUAGAAACCUGACCAUGAACGACAGCGGGACGUACAGAUGCAAAGCUGACAGUAAAUUGAUUCAGGAGAAGAAAUUAGACGUAGAAGAAGGGUCGUGUUGUGGGACAUCAGAAGAACAGACUGCUUAUGUAAGAGGAACUGCUGUCAUCCGCUGUAAAUGUCCAGAGAAAUAUAACAGUGGUAUAAUGCAGCUGUUUAAACUCCAGAAUGCAUCAUUACAAUCUUGUUUAACAAUUGGAGGUGCAAUCGAUCCUAGAUUUUCUCUGUAUGAGAACAAACAGGAGCAAGUCUUUACUGUGACUAUCGUGAACAUUAGCAGACAUGAUGCUGGGGUGUAUUUCUGUGGAGCACACGUCACAAAUGAUCCUACAAAGAUUAGCUACAGUCCACUUUUCACAGAGAUUCAGCUUCAUGUUACAGAGGAAACAUAUGCUUCAGUCCAGUCUGAUUUCUCCAUGAUCAUCAUUAUUAGUGUGUGUGUGAUUCUGCUGCUGAUCGCUGGAUUCACUCUGACUGUGUGCACAUUAAGACACGAGAGACGAGGUGACGCUCACUCACAGUUACCCACAAUCCCCUCUGAUGAGCUCCUGUACACUGCUGUCAGUUUCCAGAUGCAUCCAGAAGAGUCUCUCAGUGAAGCUACAAUCAGAUUCAGUAAGAAUGAGAUUUACACCACGGUCAUUUACCACACUAGACUCCACUAGUUCCUUCAUGUGAAGGAGGAACUCACCCCGUCUUACUGCACUCUUCCUCCUCCGUUACCUGCUGAGGUGAUGUGGGUAUACUCACAUGCCAUUAGCACGCUGGGUUCACACAUAUCCACUUCAUUUCUACCAAAAUGUUCAGAAAUCCCUAUGAAAUGACAUCCUUCUAUUGUGAAAUAUAUUGUAAAAUAAUAUAGAAUGUGAAUAUAAAAUGUUGCUUUUGUAGUUUAACAAAUGUUAUUCAAAUUCUGUCCUUCAAAUGACCUCUACAGCAUUUACAAAUAAAAAAAAAAGUGUCUGUGUAUAUUAGAAUGUGACUGGUGUUUCAACCUUUACUUCAUGUAUGACUUAAAACAAUAAAAAAAAUAAAGUCAACCUU